AGUUAGCGAGUACCAGACUUCCCUAGUCCCUACUGGUACAGCUAGUUUUACAUUGUUGUUUAUACUGUUUUUCGAUGAGCUACUAAAAUGUGAUCAAUCUGGAGAAUUCAUUUGGCACGACGGCAUUAUUAUAAGCGGAGUACUGGCGACUGUACUGCGUAGCUUGUUAUUCCAUCAAACCGAAGAACUGCAGUCUGUCUGUACAGAUAUAGCGUGCAUGACUUGAUGGGAUGCGUGUUAGAACACGAAUCUGUUCCACUGUGGUGUGAUCGUUGUCCUCUUGAUUGGUGUGUAUCGUGGAUUCGGCAGGAGAAUGGAGGACCUGUUCGUGCAGGUGGACGUGCAGGUGACGACGGGCAGCUCCUCCUCCGGCGUGACAUCCUCGCAGAGUCGCUCCGUCUACUUCGCCGCCCCCCUGCCGGGCCUGCCCCUCUCCGCCUCGCAGCCCCCGCCCGACCCCUCCCCUCCCCAGCUGCAGAUCCCUUCCCUCGGGUUCAACGACGACAUCCAGCUCUCCGACGACGACGACACCCCUGACAACACUGCCUCCCUGGCCCCCGCCCCUGCAGCCCCCCUACCCCAGGGGCGCCCCUUGCCCGACGUGGACAGCGCGGAGUCCCCGCGCAAACGCCCCAAACUGCAGCUGGCCGUCAGCCUCAACGCGGCGCCCCCGGGGGCGGCGGCCAGUAGCGCGGAGGCGGAGGAUGACGAGAACGAGACGGACGACUGCCUGAUCUGCUUCGACGCCAUGACGGCGGAGGGGGAGCACCGCGCCUGCUGUCUGGAGUGCGGCCACAUCUUCGGCCAGCACUGCAUCCUCAAGUGGCUGGGCGCCGCCGGCGCCGACAAGGACCGCCGCACCUGUCCGCAGUGCAAGAAGCCCGCCAAGUCCAAGGACGUCCGCGUGCUCUUCUGCCGCGGCGCUGCGCGUGGCCGACAACGGGCUGCUGCUGCAGCUGCGCAAGGAUCUCGACAACGUCAAGAGCCAACUGAAAGUGGCGCAGGACGAGAACCACUUCUGCCAGUUGCGUCUGAAGGACUCGCAGGAUCUCAUCCAGCGGCUGUCGCGCGAGAAGCGCGACCUGGAGCGCAUAGUCACGGAGAGCCGUCUGCAGUCGUCUGCCGGCGAGGCCCUGCCGGCGUCCGCGGAGUGCGCGAGCAGCACAUAAGUGCCGCGCGUGCGCGCAGCCUCUUCGAGCUGCAGAAGGUCGUCGACUACGGCCAGCACAAGUCGGCCCGCGUCCUGGCCCACUACCCCUUCCACAACGUCCUCCUCGUCUCCCAGAAGCUCACCUCCGCCUCCGCCGGCCCCUUCAAGGACUCCUCCGGACUGCGAUUGGUCAGCUGCAACGAUUUCCGCAGCGAGUUGUUCACCCUCCCGUGCGGCCUGAUCCGCGACAUGUCGGUGAACAACAGCGGCGGGACGGCGCUGAUCGCCAGCGCCAACAACUGCCUGACCGUCUACAGCCUGACCAACCACUCCGUCGUGCACCAGUACCGCGACGAGGCGCCGGUGUGGUGCUGCGCGUGGAACACGGAGGACGGCCGCUACCUGUACGCCGGGCUGCAGAACGGCUCCAUCUCCGUCUUCGACCUGCGCAAUCUCAACCAGCGCCUGACGACACUCACCGAGCACGCCUCGCGCGCGCCCAUCAUCCAGAUGGCGCACGUGGAGCGCCGGCCGGGGCACGGCUUCCCGCUGGGCGGCCUGCUCUUCUCCAGUCUGGACCGCUGCGGCUUCUACGACAGCAAGGAGCCGGGGAUGAGUGCCGCGCGCUACAGCACGCUGGUGCAGGGCGGCAGUCACUUUGGGCUGGCCUAUGAGCGGACGGGGCGACUGCUGGCCAACUCCUUCCGGCCGGAUAAGAAGUAUCCCACCGUGCGCCACCGCAUCGGCGAGCUGCACUACCAGGCCGACGCCGAGAACGCCACCAGUCGCGUCUUUGUCGGCGACCUGCAGGAGAUCCACGGCGGCAAGGUGGGCGUGGGGAUGUUGCGGGGGUGUUUCGUGCCGGUGGGGUGCGGGGAGGACGGGAGCCGGUGCCUGUUGGCGGUGGGGGACGAGGCCAGCCGGUCGGUGGGCGUGUGGGGUCUGGUGGAGCCCCGCCGGCCCAAACAGGACAUCCGCCUGCAGGGGGUGCCCCUGGAUAUCCUCUCCUGGGAGGCCGCGGGCCGGCGCAUGCUGGCCGUCACCACGGAGAACAGCCUCUUGGCCUACACCCUCACCACCCACAACUAACAUCCACAACUAACGACCACUUUCCUCCACUUGCUCACGCCGAGACGCAGUAUUUUAUGCCUGUUUCUUUCUUUCUGCUGAUGUUUAACCCCUUCCGCUAAUGGUUCCUCUGUAACACAUUUUAUUAACGAUGUUGGUCGCGCAUGGAAUGAGCGUGAGCAGCUUUAAGUUGUUUUGUGGUGGGACAUGGAUGUUAAUUAACAUUAACAUUUAACAGAAUGAAAAGGACAGAGUCAUAGGUGAUUAAUUUCUCAGCCGGUCGAAUACAGCACGGCACAUGUGUCCGGCUGAGCAUAACACGUGUAGCUACACGAUGCCGAUAAAUAAUAACGCUAAUGAUCGUUUGGCCAGCUGCAGCAGUUCCUGGCGGUGAGCGGCUAGCAGCGCUGCUCCUUCUGCGGCGGAAGAAGCGCUCGUU